AUGGAGGGCAACCCCGCGGAGCAUGAUGAGAUUGUCUCUCAAUUCUGUGCUAUGACUGGAACCCAGCCCUCGGAGGCCCAGGAAUAUCUCGCUGCCAAUCGGUUCGACCUUGAAGCUGCCGUGACGGAGUUCUUUGCGGAGCAAGAUGAGGCCAUGCAAGACACACACACCGGGGAAGAGGGCCAGGCGAGCACACAAAGCGCCACCGGAGGUCCAUCUGGAGGUCGAACUCUGGGAGGAGCUGCCGUGCCUGCUUCAUCUUCUGCGGCACCUGAAGCUUCUUCGUCUGCGCGGGGAGCUGCGCCCAGGAAGCGCUUUGCUACUUUAGGAGACUUCUCCCAGGGUGCUGCUGGAGGGGGCGAAUCUUCUGAUGGCGAUGAUAGCGACGACCACGAUUUCUUUGCGGGUGGUGAGAAGUCUGGACUGGCUGUACAGAACCCAGACGAUCUCAAGAAGAAGAUCCUCGAAAAGGCCCGCAGAGCCCAACCUCCCCCCUCCGACGACCCAGAGCCAGCACCAUCACAUUUCACCGGUACUGCUCGUACCCUUGGCGGCGACGAGGCUCCCAGUCGUGUCAUCGAGAACCCCUCUGCCCCCACCCAACAACGCGCUCAGCGUGUCCAACGGGUUCUGCAUUUCUGGGCCGAUGGAUUCUCAGUGGAUGAUGGUGAACUUUUCCGAUCGGACGAUCCCCGAAACGCAGAUAUUCUCGAUGGCAUCCGACAGGGUCGCGCUCCCCUUUCUAUUAUGAAUGUUCAACCUGGCCAAGAGGUCGACGUGGAGCUCAAGCAACACGAGGAGAAGUACACCAAGCCUAAGCUUAAGUACAAGCCAUUCUCGGGAUCCGGACAGCGCUUGGGUAGCCCGACGCCUGGCGUGAGGAGCGAGGCCCCAACGCCCUCCGCCGCGCCGGCACCCUCUGCCCAAGAGGCAUCUCAGCCUACUGUGGACGAGUCGCAGCCUACGGUCACCCUCCAAGUUCGCCUCGGAGAUGGCACCCGGCUGACGUCUCGAUUCAACACUACAGCGACCAUUGGCGAUGUCUACUCUUUCGUCGGUGCUGCUUCUCCCGAUGGUUCAGCCCGCCCAUGGGUGUUGAUGACGACCUUCCCCAGCACGGAACUUAAGGACAAGGACGCUGUUCUCGGCGACAUGCCCGAGUUCAAGCGUGGAGGUGUUGUGGUUCAGAAGUGGCAUUCAAAUAUGCCUCUGACCGGUGUCAAGAAUGUUGUGCUGGUCCUUUCCGGCAAAGGAGGAGUGGGAAAGUCCUCCGUCACACUGCAACUAGCUCUCGCUCUCUCACUUCAAGGCAAAUCCGUCGGGAUUCUUGACAUCGACUUGACGGGACCGUCAAUGCCACGCCUUGUUGGGCUCGAGGGCGCGAAAAUCACACAAGCUCCAGGGGGGUGGAUGCCCGUCCCUGUACACAGUGCCGAAGCCGCGCCGGAAGACUCGUCAUCACAACCUUCGCGCGGAUCGCUUCGCUGCAUGUCCCUCGGCUUCCUCCUGCGCGACCGCGGCGAUGCUGUGAUUUGGCGUGGGCCUAAGAAAACAGCCAUGAUCCGUCAAUUUUUAUCCGAUGUCUUCUGGGGCGAAACAGAUUAUCUUUUGAUUGAUACGCCACCCGGCACGAGUGACGAGCACAUUGCGCUUGCUGAGCAGCUGCUCACGCUCUCUACAAUAGACGUAACGGUGGCUGCCCAGUCGGGCGUUCCUCGACUGGCUGGUGCAGUGCUCGUGACGACUCCCCAGGCCGUUGCGACGUCGGAUGUGCGGAAGGAGGCGAAUUUCUGCGUCAAGACUAAUAUCCCAGUCCUGGGUGUAAUCGAGAAUAUGUCUGGAUAUGCUUGCCCUUGUUGUGGAGAGGUGAGCAAUCUGUUUUCUAGUGGCGGUGGCCAGGUUAUGGCUCAGGAACUGUCACUUUCAUUUAUGGGCAGUGUGCCCAUCGAUGUCAAGUUCGGUGAAUUGGUGGAAGGGAAGUUGGAGCAUUGGGAUAGUGACACAGAAGACGAGGACGAUGUUCCCAAGCCUGAGCCACAGGAAACACCCACCGAGCCUGAUAACCGGCCACUCGUCGAACGGUACCGAGAAACCUGGUCAUACCCCCGCUUCGAGGGCUUUGCGCAAACACUGCUUGCCCGCAUUGAGGGACAAGGUACCACGGUCUAG